AUGAGUUCACCACCUUCUAUUUCUGUGGCUGUAGCUGCAUGUUGCAUGGAAUACUGUAAAAUAAUUGUGCCAUAUCACUCUGCAAUUAACAUGAUUAUCACAAACUCAAUUCCUCUGAUAAUCUUCCUGUGCUUCACAAUGCCACAUUUUCUAUUUUGUGAUGAGGAAGUGCAUUCAGGUCAAUCGACCCAGAUUUUGCAUUCUUUCUACGAAGACAGAAACGGGUCCAUAACAGUGUCAGUGAAAGCAGAAGAUGCUGCCUCUAAAAAAAAAUCGUUGCAUGGUUCUUGCACAAAGAAAGACAUAAGCAUCUCACAAAGCACAAUUUCUACAACAGGAAUACCACAGUUCGUUGUGCAGAUUGAGAACACGUGUGUUUCUGGAUGUCCUCCCCAUGACAUUCACCUCCACUGUGGUUGGUUUGCUUCUGCUAGACUAGUGAACCCCAAAUUGUUUAAAAGGAUCUCCUACGAUGAUUGCUUGGUCAAUGGAGGGAACCCUUUAGCCCCUAGCCAGAUAAUCAAAUUCGCAUAUUCCAAUUCUUUCAUUUAUCCUCUUGCUCUCAAGUCUGCAAAAUUUUGCGGACGAAUGCAAAUAUAA